AGCUACUCCUGCUGAUUUUAAUCAUUUACAUGCGACUUAUUGUACAGUAUUGUAAUACAUCCUGUACAGCAGGUGGCAGUAGCAGAAAGCAGCUACCAAAACAUUAAUUUAUCAGACAUGUACGCAUGCGCAAGGUUACCACGCAUUGAAGUCAAACGGAGGAGCCUACGUUUUAGAAAAUAAACUACCGCCGCCUGUGAAAAAGUCUCAAGAACUGUAACUUCAUAUCAUGUGUCAAGAGAUCCGGAUGGUCUUAUGUUGCUAAUAUAAUGGCAACUCCUGCUAUCCGGAUGUUUCGCAGGUUGGAGGGUCUGUUUUGUGUGUACAAACCCUCUGGUGUCCACUGGAAACUCGUGCGGGACACCAUCGAGACAAAUCUUCUUAAAGGUGUAAAUGCCACACCGUCUCAGCCACUUCCUCAGGUGGUACGUUUUUUGGCACAACCAGUCAGUGAGACUGAAGAAGCCAAGGGACUCACACUGUCUGCAGCCUCUGUGCCAGUCCUGUCCAAGCAUCCUCUGGUGACUGGACCUGAAUUCCAGCACAUUAGAGUUGGAGUUGGACACCGCCUGGAUGCGUUCUCCUCUGGUGUUCUGGUUCUUGCUGUUGGGAAUGGAAACCGUGCUCUGAAUGAUCUCUACAGGACUCGAGUCACGAGGGAGUACACAUUGGAGGGAGAAUUUGGGACGGCAACAGAUGAUUUCUCUCACACAGGAAGAGUUGUGGAAAGAUCCACCUACGGUCACAUCACACAGGAAAAGCUAGACAGGGUCUUGGCGAUGCUGCAGGGAGCCAAUCAAAAGGCUUUAUUAAUGUAUUCAAACGUAGACAUGCGCACACAGGAAGCCUAUGAGAUGGCUGUGAAAGGUUCACUCGGUCCAGAGGGGAAAUCACAGCCUAUUUUGACAGGCCUGCGCUGCAUUCACUUCCAGCCCCCCAACUUUACUUUAGAGGUGCAGUGUCUGAAUGAAACUCAGAAAUAUUUGUGCAAAGUUGUGCAUGAGAUCGGACUCGAGCUGCGCAGCACAGCGGUGUGUAAGGGAGUUAGACGGACCAGAGACGGUGCCUUCACCCUGCGGGAUGCCCUGACCCAUCAUCACUGGACUGCUCCUGAUGUCAUGCAGGCCAUCAGACAAUACCACGCCUCCAAGAAAAGUAAAAAGUAUGCCCACACACAGUUCAAGGAUCCAGAAUUACAACCUCCAGUAGAGAAUACGACGACGGCCAGUCAACAAAAUGAAACCAGUGAAGAAUCAGCAGCAGCAGGUAGAAUUAAAUAAUUAUUGCUGUGAGCAGCAGUUAAUAUAACUGACUCUAUGAGCCUGAAAACAGACGUUAAAGACCAGAGACACAAAUCAGUAUAUUGUGCUUUUGUUAAAUAUGCAAACUUCUCUUCAUCUGCAGACACACUUGCUUAAUCUCGAAUAUGAAUAUUCUGAUGUUUUGACCUUUUGUUAAAUAAUUAACUUAUGAGUGUUUUUAUUUUAUCAUGAAAUAAACUGAAAAAAUAAUCUUAAGAACAA